AUGAUUCGCCAAAUUCAGAAGCGACCUGCUGGGUCGAAUGCCAGUCCACUCUUUCUGUUUCACGAUGCUAGCGGUACCAUUUCUAACUAUCUCGCUCUUGGUCUCCUGGGACGUGAUGUAUACGCCAUCGCACACUCGCGUAUCAAAGCCAGCAGUGAUGAAAGUCUUCAGGAUAUGAGUCGCCGGUACUAUGCUCUCAUUAAAUCCACAGUCGCAGAAGGAGCUAUUCUGCUUGGCGGCUGGUCUCUCGGAGGCAUGACUGCACUCCAAGUCGCAUGGAUCUUCUCUCGAGAUCCCAAGGUGGACGUCGCGGGCAUUCUCAUGAUCGAUAGCCCCUUCCCUGAUUAUCGUCAUGCACUCUCCCUCGCUCUCGAAUCUCCUCCCUCGGAAGAUGGUCCAGCCUCGACUCGAAGCGAUGUCGAGAAAUCCAUGUUGCAAACGGUAACAAUGUUGCAUAAAUGGAAAAUUCCUGUGUGGCGACGAGAGCCGCAACCCUAUACCGUAAUGCUGUGUGCUGGCGACGACGUGGAUAGUGACCACGUAGCUUUGUCCUUGGUCGACCAGUUCAGAGAUAGUCCUACCUUGGGCUGGAACGAGCGAGCUGGGUCUUCAGUUAUCAAAGAGAGUUAUCCGAUCCAGGGUCACCACUUUAGCAUCUUUGAUCCGAGAAACGUUGAUUCUGUCACAAAGACAAUUGCGACUGUCACAGCAGCCAUGGAGAUGCUGGCUCCCGAGGACGACGAGGAUUAA